GUUUUGCUGCGUUCAAGUACUGCUGUAGGACUUUCCGGUGUGUCUCAAAUGCAAUACAGAGAAUGACACUGCAGAUAUGGAUGUUGUUGCCAUACAGUGGGUUUAUUGAUCAGAAAACUGAUUUUCAUGAAAUCAUCUGUGUGCAAACAUUGCUUGGUCUAGAUAUAAUAACAUCUUCUUUUUCAGCCUCGAGCUGCAUAAUGAAAGAGCUUGUGAUUAUAAGUAAAUUUUAAAAAAAAACAACCAAAAAAAAAAAGUAAAAUAAAUGUUUUGUGUUCACUUUAGCUGCUCGUAAUAGGCUGCACCUCAGUGGCAGGUUUGUGUAGUGCAUUGAGAAAAUGAGAACAGGCCCCAGGUGUGAUAAUUAGGCUUGAAACAUGCUGCACUGACUUCGGGCGGAUGUCAAACUUCUCUCACUAAGAGGGAGAAAACAGGCUGUUAAGAGUUGCUGGGUUUGAUUAAUAAUGGCCUCAGUGCGAGUAGCGGUCCGAGUUCGUCCUUUGAACAAAAGGCAGAGAAAGGCAGUUAUCAUCAAGCGUUAUAGUUCACGUGAAGGAAAACACCACAUCUAUCCAUAAGCCAUCGUCUGUUGGAGGAGAAAAGCUGAAGGACAGAGUGAAGAUCUUCUCUUAUGAGUUCUCUUAUGAUUCAACUGACAGAAGAAGUCCUGCAUUUGCAUCCCAGGAGAGGAUUUUUCAUGACUUGGGGUCUGAUGUCCUGAAAGCUGCAUUUGAGGGUCUCAACACCUGCGUGUUUGCCUAUGGCCAAACAGGCUCGGGGAAGUCUUACACCAUGAUGGGUCACGCAGAUGAUAAAGGUUUAAUCCCCCGGAUCUGUGAAGGCUUGUUCAGCGAGAUAAGAAGCAAGAAUAAGGCUGUGUCAUUCUGUACAGAGGUCAGCUAUUUGGAGAUCUAUAAUGAACGCGUGCAAGACCUUCUCACGAAGAGGACUGCACCCACAGAUGGUGGAGGCCUGAGAGUGAGGGAGCACCCCAGGGAUGGACCCUAUGUAGAGAAUCUGUCCAAACACUCGAUACUCAGCCACAGUGACUUGGAGGACCUGAUCGUUCUCGGGAAUGCCAACCGCACCACGGCCAGCACAGGCAUGAAUAACGUCAGCAGCCGCUCCCAUGCCAUCUUCACCAUCAGCAUCACCCAGGCGUGGUUGGAUGCAGAGUUGCCACGUGAGACCCUAAGUAAGAUCCACCUGGUAGACCUGGCAGGCAGCGAGAGAGCCAACGCCACAUGCACAACGGGCACCAGGCUGAAGGAAGGUGCCAACAUCAACAAAUCGCUGGUCACCCUGGGCAGUGUGAUCUCAGCUCUGGCUGACCUUAGUGGGGGAGCAACAACAAAGAAGAAGCAGAUCUUCAUUCCCUUCAGAGACUCUGUGCUGACAUGGCUACUAAAAGACAGCCUGGGUGGAAACUCUUUGACUACUAUGAUAGCAACCGUUUCUCCCGCCGAUGUGAACUACAUUGAGACCCUGAGCACUUUGCGCUACGCCAGCCGAGCCAGAAACAUAGUAAACUCUCCCACUGUGAAUGAGGAUGGCAGCGUGAAGGUGAUCAGAGAGCUGCAGGCGGAAGUUACCAGGCUCCGAAGACUACUAGAGGUUUCCAAUGGGGAGCUGCCAUCCUCUGUGGACGUAGCGGACGAGCUGCAUCAAAAUGAGGAAAAGGUUCUGGCACUGACUAAGAAGUGGACCAGCGAAUGGGGCGAGACCCAGAGUACUCUGCAGGAGGAGGCCGUGGCUCUGAGGAAAGAGGGGAGUGGCGUGGUCCUGGACUGCCAGCUACCUCAUCUGAUUGGAAUUGAUGACGACCUGCUCAGCACUGGAAUCAUCCUGUAUUAUUUGAAAGAGGGCAGAACCAUGAUCGGGAGUGACGAAGCAUCAUGCAGUCAGGGUAUUGUUCUUCAUUGGCCCGGGCUCCUCGCUGAACAUUGCGUGCUUGAGAGCCGUGCUGGGACAGUGACUCUGAUCCCUCAGGAUGGCGCACUGUGUUCAGUCAACGGCUCUGUGGUAACUGAACCCUGCCAGCUGACUCAGGGUGCCAUCAUACAGCUAGGCAGAGGAACUGUACUCCGGUUUAACCACCCGACUGAAGCUGCCCAUCUUAAAGAGAAAUGCCAGAGCGGGCUGCUGUCUGCCGUCAUCCUGUCCUUGACUGACAUGACCAAAUCUGCUGAGAAUCUGUCCGAGGUGAUGCUGCAAACUCCAGGGAAGAUGGAAGAGAAGCUCAACCAGCAGGAGGUAGAACAGCAGGUCCAAGAAAGCCAGAACAGACGCAACCGUGACAUCAAAAGACUUUCAGAAGAAAACUGUGGGGCUCCCCAUCAACCGAGAGCAGAAGAGAAGACAACGGGGGCAGAGAUGAAGGAAACUGUCUGUGGCCGGAUGGAUGUGCCGUCUACAGAGACAGCUGAGUCCGAGGUGCCCAGCAGCUGUCCAACCUCUGCAACAGUGGAGAAGCUCGUGACCACAGCCAUACCUGGAAAAUAUCCUGUCCCUCACACUAAUUUUAAGUUGGAUGGAGAAACACCACAGGGUGGGGUAAGCACCAGGGAUGGCCAGGAGCUGGAGAGGGACUUGUGUCAUAAAUCAGGGCCGGGGCUCAUGUCUGAGCGGCCGUGGAGGGAAUCUUGGAGUGGGGCCGGAGUUGCAAGUUAUGAGGGAGAGGAGGUUUGGUCAGGGGAUGCCAGCCUCCAGCAGACAAGUGUCCUGGGCCCUCGUGAUGGAUGUGGCAUCAGGCCAGAGGGGAAUGCUAACGAGAUCCAAGGUGCUGUGGCUGACUGCUACGAGGGGAGACCCGGCUCUGGUGGGAGCUCAUUAGGCAGCAAGUCCCACCUGCAGAGCAGCGGGGGAACUAACUCCACGCCUGUCCUCCCACAAACCAGCGCUCAUUCUCAGCUCGACAAAGAGCCUCUUAGCAGUCAGGAAGCCUGCAGUCUACCUGAGGAAACUACCUUCGAGAACCAGUUUGGCUGUGGAGAGAUGGAUGAACCUGGAGGUUUGAAGGAGAUCCCUGGAGCAGCAAAAGUUCAAAAUUCAGGGUUGGGAUCUUUGGUCAGCAGAGUGUCUGGGAUUGUCCAGGAUGCAGGGCAUCUUCUUCUGAACUCCCCCACAGUAUUUCAGCAAGUUAGGGAGGAGGGACUACAGCCUGUUGGGGCCCGCUGGUCCAGUCAUGUUGUCUCUCUGGUCAGAGAAAGUAAUAUUUUGUCUGUAGUCAACGACAGCCAAAUCUUCUCCUUAGUUAAAGGAAGCUUUGUCUUCUCUCUGAUCAAGGACAGUCACAUUAUUUCUAUGGUGAAAGAACUACCUCUCAUACAGCACAUUCAGGUGGAGAUAAAACAAAAGCUUCAGCCCGAGGAGGCAGCUCAGAUGAUUCAGGGUUGCGUUAAUCCAGACGCCACUCAACUCCCAGUCCUGACACCAGCACAAACUUUUAGCAAGGCAGAGGAAUUGUCAGAGGACGUGGCACUAUUUCCAAAAGAGAUCUUGACAAGGAGUAAGGAUAUCGGGGAUGUGCCAUUAGCACAAGAGCAAGACACAAUUGGUAUUCAUGUAAAACAUGUAGACAAACUGUUCACAGAGCCACUGAAGCCCAGCAGUGAUCCAGAGGUUACCCAUGCACCUGAAGACAAAGAUCCGCCAUCAGAGAACUCAGAGACUCAGCAGAGCCAAACAAAUGUCCAAAUCUACCGUCAAACAUGGGUUGAAUUUACUGAUCCGCUGUUAAACCUGCAAACUCUGCCAGUUUCAAACCUGAUGGACAUUUUACAGUCCAUCACCUCCACAUCAGUGCUCACCUCCCAGAAGAUUGUAGCUCUCUUUUGGAUCAAUGUUGCUAAAUGUAGCCAACCUAAGCCCCGUCCUGCCCUCCUGAUCCUGUUGGAUGCUGGUCUCUACACCCUCACCGCUGAUUCAGGUCUCCUGGUGUUGUUCCAUCACCUCCCUUUGUUGCAGCUGAGGGAGGUGCAGAUAAGCUUAGCAGGCCACAGUUUGCGCUUGAUGGGCACUACAGAGGAGAGCAUCCUGGGUGUAUAUACCUACACCCAGGAGCUUACCAAAGAGCUCUGCUGGGCCAUACUUGGUAUCAUCUGCCCUGGGGACAGCAGGGUCUCUGAGCACCCUCUGCUCCAGGGGGACCUGAUGAAGAUGUCUCUAGACUGGGAGAACCAUGUGCCAGACCUGCUGCUGGAUGCUGGUUUAAAGGUUUGCUGCCAGUUUCAGAAGAGUCUUGCAGAUCUCGUUUACCUUCUUCACUCCAACAUGGAUCAAGAGACCGUUACUGUGGGUGAGGUGCAGCUACUACUCUACACAGGUGUAGGGGUGUGCAUCAGCCCCAGUACCCACACUAAGCAUCUGGCCCAGCUUUUACUUACUGAUACCCACCUCGGCCUGGUGCAGGAGGAUGCCGUCUUUCACCCAGCUCCACGCUCCGUCACCAUAGCUCCCCGCCGUGCCAAAUUCCAUGACUUAACCCUUCGCCAGCGCUCAGACGUGCGCUGCGUGCUGGUGCAUGAUGAAGACGAGCACGGCGCUGUCAGACUUGAUGUAAUCCUCGCAAAUGUGAGGGGCAGGGGUCACCCUGAAAGCGUGACCAAGGCAGCUGCCCCGCCUGCGCAUGUUUCAAACUCGUCUCGGCAUGCAGAAGUGUGGAAAUUAGCUUUCAGUUGCUCCUCUGAGGCCGCCUGCCUGAUUAAUCACUUGUCAAAUGUCUGAUCAAGGCCCGAACAGCCAGUAAUGAACAGCCCAGCUUGAAAACUCUCACUCGCAGGGAGGAAUGGCAAAAGUGCAUUCCAACCAGACAGUGCAAAGGACGGCUUCACUGUUAAGUGACAGUGAAAUCUGUGACCUAUUUAGAAGUUUCUGUGUUUUUUCCUCAAAGUUUUUGACAUUUUAAUAUUGCAUUGCUUUAGCACUUGAAUGUUUUAUCUUUAAAACCCUGGAAUGUCUUUGUUCUUGCAUUGAACCUUCUAAUCAUUAUUGUUAUUAUUAUUGUUGUUGUCAAAGAAGUAUUCUGUUUAAUGUGGGGUGUUUUAAAUAAUGGGGAUUGAAGGUACCUCAUUGAGGAUAACAUGUUUGUCAGUUUCAUUUGUUACAUGGGUGUAUUUUUAAAAGAUUUUAGAUGACCAGACUGACCAAUUUAUCUCACUGUCAUGGUCACUGAAAGUUGUUGCCAUUUUCAAAUAGUUUAUAUAAAAAAGGUUAUCUUGAAAUGUGUGAAUGUGUUUGUAAAAUUAAAGGAAUUUAAAUCCAC